AUGGGGUGCAUACGCAGCAAACCAGUUCAUCAUCAGGAUGAAAACGAGGACGGGUACGUCUUUGACGACGUUGAUGAAAUCCAAAGUACUGGAUUCAAGCUGGAGAUUAAAUCUUUCGAAAAGAUUGGAAACGAUUUGGGAGCCGGAGAGACAGAGAGUGAUGCUGAUGACAACAAACAGGAGAAAUCAGUUGAUGAUUAUGCCCUGGCAAAGAGAAUGCAACUUCUGAGGGAUAUUGCAGAACUUCAGAUGACACAGCUCAGACUGGCCCGUGACAGGUUCCACUGGUCCAUCAUCCAAAGGGAUGCCAGGAGAGUGGUUGCAUCGCUGAAGAGCCAUCCAUUCUACGAUGAAGAGUCUGAAGACAUCCAGACUAAUGGAGAGAUGUCUUUGACGGGGAAUGAUGCUACCGAGCUGAAGGAAACCGAAUCAAAGGACAAAUCGCCUGCAAAGGAAGUUGCAAUCUGGCUUCUCGACGUCGUUCUCAACAACAUCGAUUAUGACGCUCAGAAGGUCGAGGACAAGGAGGAGCAGGAGCUAGAGCAGGAGAUAGAGCAGGAGCAGGAGGAGGAGCAAGAGCAGGAGGAGAAGUGUGACGACAACGAUACAGAGGUGCCCGAUUGUGGCUAUUUCCAGGAGGAGGAGGAGGAUGGGAAGGAGGACAGGAAGGAGAAAGACGAGGAGAAAAGGGAGGAGGUGGAAGAGGACGAAGGCGAGGAGAAGAACAAGGAGAAAAAGGAGGACGAGGAGAAGGACGAGGAGGAGAUGAAAGAGAAGGAUGAGAAGAUUGAGGAGGAGGAGAAGGAAGAGGAGGAUGACGAAGAGUUUGAAUGUGACGAAAACGAUACACAUCUGCCAGAUUUUGGAUACUUCCAGUUCAAAAGAUUAGACCAAACCAGGAUGACCACCCGAAGACAUAGCAGGUUGCCGCCACCAUCAAGUGUUAAUAUUGACCAACCCAUCGAAAACGAAAGGAUACUUUUGGAUGACUAUAACAACCUUGACGCACCACACCAAGUUUAUUCCCAUGAUAUCAAAACAGACUUGAAUCAAUCACAACCAAAUGAUGAAGAAAGCAGUAUUGAUGAGGACAGGGAAAAGAGGAGGCUACAAUGGCUGGCGAAUAGGAAGUCAACUAACCCUGCUGUCCAUUGCCAACAAGAACUGCAGACGAACACACAGCCAAGAGAGAUCGACAUCGAUUCUGCAGUAGCAAGGAAAAAGUUUCCGUGGAUGCGCUAA